ACACGGUGUUCCAUGUGGAGUCUCCCAAGGGAUGCUCUGGUCACUUCGGUAGAUGGUACAAAACUCAAUCUGACGCCCUGGAUGCAUGCGUGUCCCGAGCAAACAAGCACUGCCACGCAGUAGAAUACGACUACCACAACCAUAGGUUCCGUAUGGCCCGCAAUCCCAACACUCGUGUGCAGAGUGGCAAGGCUUGCAUGGCUAAGGGUGGCCACUUUGUGGAAGCUAAUGGUUACAUGUGGGACUACAUGGUGGAUACAUCACUGACCGGAUACUUCAAUGAUGUGGUCUACAAGACUGACUCUGAAGCGUACACUGUGUGUGCUGCUUCUACUGACUGUAAGGGAGUUACCAUGGAGACUGCUGGCAAAUUCAGACUGAAUUCUGAUGCCAAACGUGUCAACAAACAUGGCCAGAAAUCUUUUAUACAAGGAAAUGCGUUUGUGCAGUAUAAGAAAUACUACUGGAGUGAAGCAGCUGGAUUUAGACUAGUCGGAUACGCUGACAGCAAGAGCUACACGUCACGUGAUGCAGCCAUGACCGCUUGUCUCACCAACUCCAAGUGUCACGGUGUAACAAUGGAAGCAAACUCAAAAUACCGACUCAACUCGGGUCAAAUCCCGAUGGCAGAGAACAGCAUGACAGCCUACAUCAAGGGAGGCGCUGCUAUCCAAGUACAAGAGUUCAGUCUCACCUAUGCUGGUUACGCCUGGACCUUCAAAUCACCCUUCACUUUGGAGGGAUACUCCGACGGAAGACAAUACCAUACACGAAAUGCUGCUCUUCAGGCUUGUGGAGCUCAAGCUCGCUGUGUGGGUGUUACCAAGGAGGCUGAUCGCAGGUUCCGUCUGAACCACCACGCCACCGUGUACCCCCAGAAGGGACGGUCCGUGUGGAUUCAGGGUGGACAAGUGGUUACUGGAGGAGACUACACAUGGUCUACCCUGAAGGGCAGGACUCUUACAGGCUACGUUAACAACGUGGUUUACAAGACAAGAACAGCUGCAUUGGAGGCUUGUGCUAAGAAUGCUGGAUGUAAGGGAGUAACCAGAGAAGGGGAGAGCAACUAUCGUCUCAACUCUUCAGGAACCACCAAAACUAGCAAGACCUCCGUGUCCUACACCAAAUCCAACGCUCUGUCCAUCAUGAGCGACUACUACUGGACCAAGGUAACCGGUCUCAUGUACAAGGAUAACCGGUCUAACAAGAAGUUCAAGGACCUGGACUCUGCAUCUGAAGCCUGCGCUAAGGAUGUACAUUGUUCUGGCAUCACAGCCACAGCUAAUGUGUUCGUUCUUGGCAAAGGAACUGAACUCCGCAGUAAGCCCGACUCUACUGUGUACGUACAGGGAUCCCUUCACACUGAAACCUACUACAUCACACAUGGAGGUUACGUGUGGCGCGGAACCAGCCCGUACAUGCUAGGAGGCAUGGAAGGAGGAAAGGUCUACAAAUCAGCUAUUAUAGCGAGGAACCAUGUACUGAAGAACAAGAGACGUUACAAAGGAUACACUAGAAUAGAGGACGGAACUUACAGAAUCAAUCAAAGAUCUAAUAAGGUAAUGCGUCUUGGAGAGGUCGGUUGGGAACUGAUGGGACUAAAUAUUGGUAACGGAGGUCACAUGUGGUCUAAACACUCCAACAGCCGACUAAUCGGUCGCCUUGGUAACCAUGUUUACAAAACAGUAAGCGAGGCUAUGACGGCUUGUAUUGGAAGAAACCGGUGUAAGGGUGUGACGGAGGAGGGUAACAACAGGUUCGGAAUGUACACUGGAAACAACCCUUCAGGAGCAUCCGGCAAGACUUGCUAUGUCAAGGGAGAAGUCCAGACCAUCGCCUCAGGAAUACACUGGAGCGAGAUCAACGACGGAACGCUUAGUGGCUACGUGGACAAAGUCCAAUACACGACCCUGGCACAGGCCCAAUCUGUGUGCUCUGAGAAACCAACCUGUCGUGGAAUAACCCUGACCGGUGGAGUAUACCGUCUGAACACGGUGGACUACGUUGAAUACAGCGCGUCCAGCACGGUGUACCUGCGCGGCGGACCCGUGGCUGAUGAGGUUACCUACGAGGUAUCCUACCAGAACCACGUGUGGACAGUGGAGUCGCCAUUCCAGAUAGAAGGUUCUCUCGCUGACGGAGAAGAUACAGGAAAUACAGUCAGGCUCUCAAGAGAUGUAUCGCAAACAGCCGCUGUAAGGCGGUAACAGAGACAGACGACGGCUGGUACACACUCCACACCAGUACCACCACAACACCCGGCCAGGGAAUGAAGGUGUACAUACUGUCAGGACAAACUGAACUAGCAGGAGGCAGAACUUGGGCCGUACGAGAUAACUUCUCUCUGGACGGUCUGGGUAAUGACGAGUUCGAGGAUAAGACCACUGCUCUGAUGAAAUGUAUCGACACUUCUAACUGUAAGGGUGUCGUGAAGAAGAACAAUGGCAAGUUUGUGAUCGCUACCAAGAGGAGUCUGAAACCUAAGAAACACUUCAUCACCUACACCAUGGGAAGCACUGUGAGAGUAUACCGAGACUACACCUGGACCAUCAUGACUGGCUACAGACUGACCGGUUACGCUGACAACAAGACUUACAAGACCCUGAAGAAGGCCCUGAGAGCUUGUGCCAUCAAUGACAAGUGUCAUGGUGUGACCAAGGAGGCUAAGGGCAAGUUCAGGAUCAACACUGGUCGAUCUCCUGCUACUAAACGUGGCAUGAACUGCUACAUCAAGGGAGGCAUGAAGCACUCUGUGCACUACAUGACUUACGGAAACCGAGCAUGGAGUGUGGUCGCUCCGUUCAGGAUGAAUGGACGAAAACUUGCUACAGAGAAGACCAGGGAUGCAGCUAUGGGCAAAUGUAUUACCACUAAAGGCUGUGUCGGAAUAACAAGGGACGAGCAGGGGUUAUACCACCUUCACAACGGCCAGACUCUGAUACAGGACCAGGGCUACAUUACCUACCUGAUCGGAGGACAGGCACUCUCCAGCAAUGGUUACUUGUGGGACUACAGAUACCACUUUAGUCUCCACGGCUACGACUCCAACGCUCAGUACAGAUCUGCUAGUGAAGCGUUUGCUGCUUGCAUCCGCUCAAAGACAUGUGUGGGAGUAACUCAGGAGAGACCAGGUCAUUUCAGACUGAACACUCACAGAGUACCCAGACCACACGGUGGUAGGGAAUGCUGGAUCAAGGGCAACCAACAAGUCAAGGCUCAUUCGUACCCCUGGGUAAUCCAGACCAACUACGCUACCAACUGGGUCCAAGACAAGCCUUACCCCACCCUGGACUCAGCAGAGAAAGCUUGUGCUGCUUCACCAGCAUGCAAAGCAGUUAACCGCAUGUCAGCCACCGAAUACUACUUAGCUGAGGGGGACGGUGAGCGUGAUGAGACUGGAACUACCACUUACGUCAAGGGAGGCCAGGAGCAAGACCAACAGAGUUUCAGCUGGCCUGCUCUAGGUUACACCUGGCAUUACUCCGCUCCAUUCGCACUCGGCAGAACUUACAGAACUUUCAACACUCUUCCUGAAGCUUUCAGAGCGUGUGUGAGAGACUCACGGUGUAAGGGAAUAACGGCUGACGCCCACCAAAAGUACCACCUGUCUCACGUGGGCAUCCCCCGACCUGGCUUCAAAGCCCAGUCCUGGGUCAAGGAGUCCCCUUACAAGAACAUGUACGUGUCACAACGUGUCUACUCCACUCACAAGGGAGCCAGACUGGAUGGUUACUCCAGUGGUCAGAGCUACACUGCCCUGGUUACCGCACUGGAGGCUUGUGCUGCUUCUACUUCGUGUAAUGGUGUGACUAAGGAAGGAACCAAGAGAUACAGACUCAAUACUGGUAACAGUCCCAGGAAGGUCAAUAACAUGGACUGCUACAUCAAGGAGGGAAGCUUUGAUGUUCAAAAUGACUACAGAUUUACUAUCUCCACCGGUUACGUCGGAGUCAACUUCGUCGACAAAAAGGUCUACUUAACUGCGGAAGGUGCGAAGUCAGCUUGUGCUGCUAAUGUACAUUGUGUCGGAGUUAGUAAACUCAAAGAGGUAGAAUACAGACUAAACAAGGACGGAGAACUGAAGGGACAGAAGGGAGGGGUUGUCUACUCUAAGGACGAGUUCUACACCACCCAACGUAUUGUUAACAUGGACGAUAAGGCUUACAUCGGAUACUCUCCCGCCGGACUGCAGGGAAGCAAGCUUGGAACAGCUGCUAACAUUGCUAAGGCAAUGGAGCUCUGUGAAGAGAAGCACGGAUGUAACGGGUUCGAGUGGAACGGAAAGACUUACGUGAUAUACCACUACAACAGGAUGGUCACACCUAAAAUAGGACAUGUUGCUUAUGUCUACAGCGGAAUUAAGCUGACAAGUGAAAAUUAUCUGUGGGCUAAGAUGACGAACUACAGACUGACAGGGUAUGAUGAUAACAAGACUUACACCAGUUUGUCUGAUGCCACCAAGGCUUGUGUUGCCUCCCCAACUUGCAAGGGUGUUACCAAGGAAUUUAACCGAUUCCGAACAAAUAACAACGACCGGCCUGUUCGUGCCAACGGCAACUACGCUGCCUACAUUCGUGGCGACCGUUACGAAGUUAUCGACUAUAUCUUCUACUCCGAGAAGUCUGGUUACAGACUAACAGGAGACAUCGGCAAGACGACCUACAAAUCCAAGGAGGAAGCAGCAGCAGCAUGCAAGAAGUCAGCUGUAUGCACAGGUAUUACUCUGGACCAGACCACCAAGAAAUAUAGGAUCAACUCCGGUAACUCUCUUGAACCAUCAGUUGGUGAGACCUGCGUUCGUGCGAGGAGGUAUCAAACCAACAGUGGUUGAGAUGACAAUAUCCUACGGAGGCUUCACUUGGAAGAGUAAGACUCACCACGCUCUCACCGGAUACGUUAACGGCAAAGUAUUCAACAACAGGAACGAUGCUCUGAACGAGUGUAUUCGCCUCACUAGAUGCCAGGGUGUCACAAGAGAGCGCACCAAUAGGUUCCGCCUCAACACCGGCAAAGUCGCUGAGCCCUCCAAGAAGGCCACGUGCUGGAUCAAGGGACCAGGAUCUGUAAACGUUGGUGGGGCAACAUGGGAGGUGAACAUUGAUCAGUUCUCCACUCACAGACUAGACAAGAUUGACUUUAAGGACCGCCGCAUUGCUCUGAAAACUUGCAAGAAGAACAAAAAGUGUAAGGGCGUGGUCAAGACAGACGAAGGAGUGUACUACUUAGUGGGAGAAGGAGAACCGACCAAGAAACCAGGAUUCACUCUCAUCGAGAUCAGCGGAGAAUGCGAAUCCUUGAACGGUUACGUCUACUCGUACACUACGGACUACAUCUAUAUAACGAUCGUUGACAAGAAAAUUUACACCACGAUAGUAGAUGCAGGAAGAGCUUGUGCUAAGAACCCCAACUGCAAGGCUGUCAACAAGCUCGGACCUCACAAAUUCCAACUGGCUGGAGGAAGUGAUGUUAAGGAGGUGAAAGGAGCAGCCACCUUCACGAAGGGAGGCUACGACUACACCAGCUACUCCAUCUACCUGGCUGACAAGAUAUGGGAUGUCAACUCUCCGUACACUCUAACAGGACCGCUGGCUGAUAACAAGAUCUAUAACACCAGGAUCACUGCUCUCAGAGCUUGUGUCACUAACUCCCAGUGUAGUGGAGUCACUUUGACCGACGGCAAGUACAGAUUAUACAAACACGAGAAGAUGACAGAGAAGGCAGGAUCAAUCACUUGGUUGAACAAGGGUGAAGUUGAGGCUGUCCACGGAUAUCUCUGGGACGAAGAGAUGGGUGAAACCCUGACUGGCUACUUCAACAAAAAGGUCUACACUAACCGCAACACAGCACUCAAGGUGUGCUCUGCAAGUGGAAAGUGUACGGGAGUAACAAAGGAAGGACCUAACAUCUACAGGUGUAACACCGGAACCACCCUCAAACCCAACUCUAAACGUACCGCCUGGAUACAGAAGACCUCUGUUGUCACUCACCAGAAGGUUCUCUUCUCAGUACUCCCCAGUUACACUCUCGACAAGAUUGAGAAGACUAAUCGUGGUAGUGAGGCGGCUGCUGCUGUUGCUUGCAUCAAGAAGCCUGAUUGUACUGGAUUUGUGAAGAGAGGAAGUGCCUACUACAUCGCUCUGGGAUGGACAGUGUUCUCAGAUGAGAACUCUGUCAGUUAUGUCAGGAACGAUAUGAAGCUAGCCUUCGUAACCUACUCUCUGUACCUGAAGGAAUAUUACUGGCAAGUCAAGGCACCUUACAUCCACAAGAACCUGAAGAAGGACGCCUACAAAACUCUACCUCAAGCUCUGGAGGCCUGUGUCGCUGAUCCCAGCUGCAAGGGUAUAUCCUUCGUCACCAAGAAGGGUAACUACUACCUGGCCAAAUCUACUGAACUGAAGAUAGGACACGGCAGGACGUACAACAAGGGAACCAAGGCUGUUAUCGGGGACGGUUACAUGUGGACCAGAUCCGGGGACAACAACAAGAUUGAUGGAGAUUAUCUGGACUCCUCCACCUACGGUACACUGACUGCUGGUCUCAAGGCUUGCUCCAAGAAGCCCGCCUGUACAGGUGUUACUAAGAUCAAUAACCACAAGUUCAGAUUGGGCAAGAUAGAGAGGACCGCUCGCAGGAACGGAUACUCUGCGUAUCUGAGAGGAAGUAGCUCUGUUACUUUCAGACAACGUGUCUGGACUGAAGUUACAGGAUUCAACCUAGCUAAACCUACCACCACCUUCAAGGACCUGAAAACAGCUCUGUUCGCUUGCUCCAAGUCUAAGACUUGUACUGGAGUGGAUAAGACACCUGAAGGAAAGUUCAUGGUGGCUACAAGUACUGAAUUAGUGUCUAGGGACGGUGGUUCUUGCUGGCUGAAGGGUGGAGCAGGCUAUGUACCUCAAUUCUCUUAUGACAGUACCGAGUGGAACUACUACGACGGCUACAAAACAGGAGGUGUGCUCAAAACCAAGAAGUCAGUGUUUACAGACCGGAACACUGCUCUGUCUGCUUGUGUCCGUCACCCGAUGUGCCAGAGUGUACACUUCGUCCACAAGAAGUAUUACUUAAGGACGGGAGAGAAGGUUUCUGAUGCUCUCGGCGAACAAGCCUGGUUACUUGGAAAAACUACACUAGACCUGAGUGACCUGACCAUUGUUCACCACCACCUCCACUGGCAGACUCUCAAGUACGUGAAAUACGGAGAACCCAUCAAGGGUGCGGACAAGUUCCCAGAUACGGACCACGCUACAGCCGCUUGUAUGGUAACACCUGGCUGCACUGCUGUGUAUCACGACUUUAAGGCUCACAAGUACUCGCUGAUGACGGGAACCAGCAAGGUUCCUUAUACCAAGUCAAGAGUUAUAUCGUCGAUCAAGCGUCUACCAUGCGGUGACGGUAAGUGUCAAGGAGUGAAGAGCGGCAAGGUUGUGACAAUAGACCUCAAACAUUGCUACCAGAUAAAGACAGUGGAGAUCUACAAUAAACAGUCCUGCUGUUCAAAGAGUGGCGGAAACGUUGUGGUUAAAGUCGGGAAGAGUACUUGUAACACAGUGCAUAUGAGCGGCAAGACCUCUACAGUGCGAUUCGACUGUGCUACUAACACUCAGGGCAAGGUAAUGACCAUGACAUUCAACGACAUUGGAGACAUCAACAUUGAGGGACUUUACCUUCUCUUUAAGGGUAUACAAGAAUGUGAUUAAAGGAAGAAUAAGAAGAAGAAAAAAGAAAAUCGAAAAAUGUUGACCCUCAUUUUAUAUAAUUGUGUAAUUUUUGUACUCCACCAAUGAUUCAAAAGUAUUUUUAAAUCGUUUUUUCCGUGACCAUAAUGUUCGAGAUAUCUAUUUGAGAUUUUUCUUUUUAAAAGAUAUUGUUAAUUUGGAAUUUUAAACAUUUGACAUUAGCAGGCAAAGCUCUUAUAAUACUUAAUACAGAUUGAGAUUGUAACUACAUGAUCUAUAAUAAUGCUGCUGAACAUAUUGUAUAACUGCCAAUUUCCCCUAA